GCAGCGGGCUGGGUGUUGCGGUGUAUAUAUUAUAUAUUGUAGGCCUCACCACGCGUACUUGACAGACUGACAGUGUAUCCGGUCCGGCACGCCCCGCAAGCUGUCAUCCACCGGCUACCCUCUAUAUAACAGCGCAGCUCUGAUAUACACACAUAUACCCACGCGGAUAUGCUUCCGUUUGCCAGUGCAUGUGCAUAGUCCCAACCGUGUCUUACGAAGGUAAGAAGCGCCGGGACGUUGCAGUUCAGUCAAACGUUCGGAGAAAGUCGCGCAUUCAAAAAUCCACUCGCGCGCGAGUUUGUCUUUUUGCUACGCAGCCAGCAGAGCGGCGCAGCGGAGCGUGUAUGAGGCGAGAUCGGACAGAGAGUGUUAUUCCGAGACACUCCUGGAGGAAAACUACUUUACGACGACAACCGGUCAACGACGCCGACAAACGCUCUCAGCUGGGAUAGUAUCAAGAUAUAUAUCUGUGCGUGGCUGUGUGUGUUUGUGUUUACAUCAAGCUUCCACGAUGCCUACGUACCGCACGUACACCGCCUGAGCACGAACUACGUCACGGCCGCCCCUGCCGCCGCGCAUCGUGGGGGCUUUCAUAGUGGAAUUGACGACAACGUGCUGACAGACUAUCUGGAUUCGAUAUCAAGCUAGGGGUAGACGAUCGAUCGCCGCUGCUCUCGCUUAACGAAUAUGGAUGUAGAACAGCAGCAGCCACAGCAAUCAGAAAUAGACUCCGACGCGGUAGAAAUGUCUCCCGAUUUCGUCCGACUACGACAGAGUUGUAAACUGUCCACCCCUGCCAAGACAUGCAAACCAGGAGUGGUCAAGAAAUUCAGACGCAAAGUCUCGCAAGCGUUUCUUGCGAUGUCUCCAAAUCCCAUGCGUAGUUGGAACAGCACAGACGAGGUGCUGCUCUGUAGAAACACCGAUCUCUUGCAAGCCGUCGAGUGGUAUUGGGGCGACAUUUCAAAGGAUGAUACUCGUGGAAGCCUAAAGAAUACUGUAGAUGGGACCUUUCUUGUCAGGAAUGCCACGAACAGCGUAGGAGAUUUUGCACUUGCCGUCAGGAAAGGAAGCAGCACGAGGUUGAUUAAAAUAUAUUACGACGAAGGUAUGUUUAGUUUUACUCCACGCGGCCAGAGACCCACAGAGAAUUCACUGCGCUUUGAAAGCGUCCUGACACUUGUGCAUCACUUCGAGGAGACGUCUCUGGAAGUAUGUAAUAGCCGGGUGGACACAAGACUGUUGUAUCCGAUGUCGCGCUAUGCUAACGGGGAUGCGGACGAGCAGGGAGACAAGGAUGUCCUGAAGCAGCGAUUGCUAUGCGUCAAUAAGGAGCACAUGAAGCUGUCACUGCAGUACAGCCGCUACCAGGACGAGCAGGCCGCUCUAGCUACACAGAUGCAGCUGAAAAAGCAGGCGGCGCACGCGUUUGUACCAACGAUCACAUUUUUUGAGGAGCAGAGUAGCACACUCAGGAAGCAAACAUCCGGUUUCGACAACGCAACUGAGCAGACCAGGGUCACCAUGGCACACACGACCCUGAUGCGGAGGCUAUCAGAGAUCAGAUCGCGCGCCGACGAGCUGUCUGCAGAACUAGCGACGGACGGCGGUCAGUACCACGACCUUGACCGCGCCAUGAACUCCAUGAAGCCUCGCGUGAUAGAACUGCAUAAGCGCAUGAUGGAGUUCUCGGAAUCAUUGAAGCUGCUUGGUGUGUCUAACAGGACGCUAGAGCGCUGGCUGCAGCGGGCGUCAAUACUGGCUGACGAAGACUAUAGCUGUGCGACAUCGAGCACAUCUACAGACUGGGAAGCGAGAGCAGACGCCGAGGAGGAAGAGGAGAACGAAGAGGCAGCGGGAGGAAGAACCUUACCGCACCACGACGAAGCGACGUGGUUUGAAGACCGAGUGAUACAACGCGCCGAGGCCGAGCGGAUCCUCCGUGACCGGCCGCCUGGAACGUUCUUGGUUCGGCAGAACCAGCAGCAGCAGUACUGCCUGUCCAUCGUGGGACCUGCGACAGUCAAGCACUGCAUCAUCGAGCAGGGCGAGCAGGGAUACGGAUUCGCUGAGCCCUACAACAUCUACAAAAGCCUGAACGAUCUCGUGCUGUUCUACCAGCACAACACUCUAGCAAAGCAUUCGGACGAAUUGCCCAUAAUGCUUCAGCAUCCUGCAUUCGCAUAGCCAGUGGUCGGGCAUAGCACGAGAGGUAGGCUGGAAAACAGCUUAUAAGUACACAUGACACUGGCCAGGAGCCUAUACCAGGUGAUCGAUGAAAAGCCAGAAUGAAGACCAUGUUACACGACAAUGCAAAUGAGAAUUGUUCUGUUCUUCCAGGUGUGGUUUUAUGUUUCAGGAAUAUACAUAUAUAUAUAUAUAUAUAUAUGAACAAAUUUGGUUAUUUUAACAUGAUAUAUGCCUAGAUUAUUCGGAAAUGAAAUAUAUUUAUAGAGAGAGACUAUUUUAAAAUAAAGAGUACCUCUAUAUGCUCUACACACAA